CAUCCAAACCUUCAAAUCUUCGCACCGCACGCAGGAAUUGAUACGGUUUCGACAAGACCCGUUGAACCUUUAACUGAACGAGUCGGAGCGCACCCUCAGCGCCACCAUCUGCUUAUACAGAGCAUAGCUAAUCCUGAGAGCUCCUAAAUAUCUAAUAUCAACCUAACGGGCCCAGCAUUGCGGGUGCAUUGCCGCGUCUCGUAACACAGCAGCAGCGUUGACGCGCGCAUAGCCCCCUGCAAGCAGAGGUGUGGCGCGACGCAGAUGGCGCUCGCGCAAAGCCAUGGCGCAGGCCUUCUCCUGCGGCCCUCCACCCCGCGCGCUGGCGCUGCUGCGGCCAGUUGGAACGUUUCCGACACUGGACAUCUCUUCGCGGCAGCUCCGGGCGCACUGGAAGGCGCGGCCUUUCCCACCGCGCGCCAGCUUGGCGGCUCGGCUGUGCGGCUGUACCGCAUUCACACCCAACCAGGUCCCACCCAUAGCGCCGAGUGCUCGGGCGCCGUCUCCGCCAACGCCGCCUCCACCGCAGCCCCAAGCGCCACCGCGGCGCUCGCGCUUCCGCCAGUCGCCCGUGCCACCGCGGCAUGGGCCCCGGGCGCGCCCCGCCUCCCCUCCUCCACCUCCACCUGCUUACCCAACACCGCCAUCUCAGCGCCCAACGCAGACGGAUUCUUUGCAGCUCCGCACAGCGGCUGGUCGCAGCACACGCAGCCGCAGCGCCUGCGCGCCAGCGCCUCGCUUCGCUUGCCCAGGGCCCUGGCGAGCACCCUUACCGACCUGCUAGGCCUGUCGACGCCGGACCUGUGUCAUGGGGUGGCUUGGAGCUCUCCUCCUUCCUCAUCUGCGCCCACCUCCACCUCAUCCACAUCGGCAUCGCCGCCAUCGCACACAGUCACCGUCAAGGCGCCAGCGGCUUCUUCUGGUUGCGGCCUCCGCCUGCGCCACCGGCGGUCCAGCUACGGCGCCACUGCCGGCGGCGGCGGCGGCACCUUGUGUCUGCAGCUGGUGUGCGGCGGCCGCGGCAGAGAGAGCACCAGGGUCCGCAGCGCAAGCGCCACCCCAGGCGGCCCGACCAUUCCCGAAGGUGCUGCGCUUCACCAAGACCAGCCGGCACCCGCAGCGCUGGCCGCCGCCGCCGCUGCCGCUGGUCCUGGCAGCGCCGCCGGCACCAGCCCGUUGCGGGCCUUGAGCGCAGCAUCCGGGGCCGCAGCGGCCGCAGCUGUUCCAGCUGCGGAGCAGUCCUGCACCCGGCGUCCGCCCACGCUUUUGGUGGCGCUCUCCUCAUGCGGCGGCCACGGCCGCCAGGAGCCGGUGCUGGUGGCGGCGACCCUGCGCAAGGUCACCAUCCGCGGUGCCAGCGGCGGUAACGCCGCCGGCGUGGCGGCAGCCAGCGUUCCCACUCAUGCCCAGCCCGCCACACCCAACGUGGCGCAUGAGGGCCACAGCGACAGCGCCUUCCCCGCGAUGCCAGCGGCCGCCAGCGCUGCGUUUGUGUCUGCUGCCGGUGUGCACACCGUGGCUGCCACCGGUACGGGCAGCAGCUCACAGGCACCGGUGCAGCCCCACGGGCCGGGUCGCAGCGGCUAUGACCGCCGUUGCGUGCGCGUGUGGCUCCGGCUGCAUGACUUGGCGUCGGUGGCGCCGGCAGCCACGACCACGGCGGCGGCGGCAAGCUCGGGGGAGUCAGAGUCUUUGAAUGGGGAGGCAGCAGGGGAGCGGCAGCAGCAGCGGCAGCAGCAGCAGCAGCAGCAGCAGCCGGAGGAGGGGCCAUGGGUGACGGGCUAUGAUGUGUUCGUGUCAGUCGGUGGCCGCCACGUGCUGCUGCUGUUGCACACCGCCGCCACUCCCGCUGAGGCCGCUGCACACGCUGCUGCCGCCGCUACCGCGGCCACGUGCUCCACGGCCAAGGCCGCCGCAGCCGCGCCCUCCGCUGCCACGCCGGUCGCCUCCCAAGAUCCUGCGGUGUCCGUGGCGUCGGGAGAGGAGGGCGAGCCGAUGGCGGCGCAGGGACAGGGGCCCGCGGGGCGGGGCCAUAUGCCAGGGGGGAACGUGGACACGGCCUCGGAGGACGAAGCCAUGCCCGACUGGUCCGCGCCGCCGCUGCCGCACCAGCUGCAGCUGCGCAUGGCGCUGUCUUCGCCGCCGUCCUUCAGCGGCUGGGGCAGCGUGACCACGUCAGGACCCGCCGCGGCUGCGGCGGCGCCGGCGCCGGCGGGGGCGGCUGCAAGCGGACUGGCGCUGCCGGCGUUGGUCGUGGGUGUCAAGCGCCUGUCUGACCCGGACGGCGCAGUCACGCAUGACGGUGCGGCCAGGCGGCAGCGUGCCUUCCCCCGGGACCCCAGCGCUAGCGGUGCCGACGCUGGCUCCAUUCGCAGUGGCGGCUUUGGUCCAAUCAGUGGCGGUGGCCCCGCUUUGGAUGAGGGGCUGUGCCUGAGCCCGCUGCCAUCGCCCGCUCACGACCACGACGCCGCGGCUGAGGCCGCCGCGGACGCCAGCGCGGCUGCUGGGCCCAUGGGCAUGGACACAGCCAUUGGCCAUAUCGGUGCUGCUGGCGGCGCGGGCGACCGUGGCGCUGAGGGCGUAGUUGGGGGCGCGAAAGGCAGCCGUAGCGGCCACGACAGCGGCGCCAGCGGCUGUGAUGAGUGCGCCGUCAUGCGCUCCCCGCGCUCGGUGGCUGAGGCCGCGCUGCUGGGCGUCGCAGCCAUCCACUCCGCACAGGCAGAGGCGGAGGAGCUGCGGGCGGAGCUGGAGGCGGCGCGGCGCGCGCAGCGCGCGGCGGAGGGCACCGUCGACCGCCUGCGCGGCGAGUUGCGCACGCGGGUCUCGAUGGAGCGCUGCGCGCUGAAGCGGAUUGAGGAGAUCCUGGAGUCGCAGCACGCGGCGCUGAGGGAGGCGCAGGCGCGCGCGCGCGAGGCGGGCGAGGCGGCGGAGUUGAUGCGGGCGCAGCUGGCGGCUGAGGUGGCGGCGCGCGGCGCGGCGGAGCGGCGCGUGUGGGACUUCCGAGCACUGGCGGAGCGGGCCAUGCAGAUUUAGGCGGCGCAGGGAUGUGGCGCGUGUGGGCUCCAACACGCGCCGCGUCGCCGCGCCGCUGCGCCACCGCACCCCUGAAAUGGCGUGUGUGCAUAGCUUGUUGGGGUGGCAAUGGGCGCCGCUUGGAAGUUUCGUAGAUAGGUAGCAUGCAGUUAAUGAGAGCGAGCAACCGCAAGAGCAGCCGCACGUGCGGGUAACAAUGGCAGAUCGAAGAAGUGUGCAUACCGCACAGCCGUGUCGUAAGGGGAACUCUUGCAGGUCUGCGUUUGUGCGCAUAAAGCUGUACGGUCUGAUUUAUAUAGCAGUACAUACCCAAAGGAGAGGAAGGACGUACAUAUCGGAGUGGGCCCGUGACCCAACAGGAGUUUGGCGCGUGCUGGCAUACUGUACACAUACGAAACGGCCUUUGAAGCUGUGCCUGAUGAUAAGGACUGCCUGACAUAUGCCGAUACGCGGCUACGGUACUGUGAUGGGCUGGACUCAAGCAUUCGCGACCGGUGGCAAGGUGCAGGAGUGGCUGCCGGUGAGUGUACGGACUAAGGAGUGUGUGGCAUACCGUAAAGGCAGUGCACCUAUGCGAUACACCCCACCCAUGUACAGUAUCACCAUACGCCGUGGGCUCUCAACGUGGGCUCUCCUAGGACAAAGAAGUGUUUCACAAU